AUGAACAUUCCACCUGGACAAUGGCGUCUCGAUGUGAUGAUUAUGGCUCUUUAUCAAAUGGCUCUUUUCUUCUCGGCUCAAUUGGUUUUUGUCAUUUUUCUUGAACAACUUUCAGAGCGUCACUGUUACAAACUGGAGAGCAAAUGUCUGGAGGAUUAUGAUCGUAACAAACCGAAUAUCUGUCUGGUACCGAAUGGAUCGAAAUCUCAAUUUGAUGAAUGUGUAGAAAAUAACAAGUAUCUGUACUUCAAGUCAGCUCAAUAUGAUUAUCAACAAGAUUGCACUUCUUUGACACACUACUCCGCCUCUACCAACAUGUAUCUCGGCGUGUUGUUCGCUAAUCUUGUACUUGGAAUUCUUGCUGAUAAACUUGGAAGACGUCCAAUUUAUUUCGCAUCGAUCGCUAUUGGAGUUGUCUCUCUCGUCCUGUCUGCUGCCAUUCCAUCACUCACUGCCUUUUAUAUCUUCCGUUUUACAACUGGAGUUGGAGUUGCUGGAGCUCAAAUCGUUGGAUGGUCUUAUGGGUCUGAGAUGAUUUCAGCGAAGAGAAGAUUCCAAUUGAGAACAUUUUCGAAUUGGGCGAAUGCCAGAAUUCUAGUCGUCUUUGUUGCAUUCAUCACUCGUGAAUGGCACACGGCUUCGUAUCUUUGUGCUGCAAUAUCUGCUCUCAUCUUCCCGAUUCUUUGGAAACUUCCAGAAUCUCCAGUCUUUUUGGAGCAAAAGCAUAAAGUAGAAGAAGCGAAUGAAGCAAGAGAACAGAUUGCAGAUUUGUGUGGAUUGGAAUAUGAACAGAAAGAAGCAGCGACAAUCAAUAAUUUGAAGAAGAUCACAUUUAUGGAUAUGUGGAGGAAUAAGAGAUUGCGAAAGAACUUUUUGGUUUUAUGUUUCAUGUGGUUUUACGUUGGGAUGGCCACUUACAUCACGGAUCUGAAUGGCGCUGAUAUGUCGAAGAACUUAUAUGUUGGACAAUUUCUAUCCGGAUUACUUCUUACUAUUUCAAAAAUUAUUUUCGGGUUUGCGGAGCCUCGAUUUGAGUGGUUGGGUCGAAGGACGGUGUUUCUUUUCUCCCAAGGAGUUGCUAUUCUUGCGUACAUUUUGAUUCUCAUUGCUUUGUUUACGGAUAACAAGGAAACGACGUGGUACCUGAUUGUCUAUCUCUGUGCUUACUCAUUCCAAGCGCUUUCAACAGAGACUUGUUAUCUGUCGGUAGCGGAGUUGAUACCCACUGAUGUCCGAGUUACUGUAGCAGCAAUUGCGAAUAUAUGUUUGAGAUUGGGAACUAUUGUGGCAUCGUUGACGAAACCAUUGAAAUUCUCGUUUGAACCUGGACUCUUUCUGAUCAAUCUGGUGGUUUGUUCAGUUGGAAUCACUGUUGUCUAUCUCUAUUUGGAAGAAUCUCGAAAUGCGAAUCUUCAAGAUGUUGGACAAGACGAAGUGUCAGAUUCUAGUGAUAGUCAGGCGAUGUUAGAAGAAGAAACAUCGAAGGUUUCAUCUGGAGACACGACGGCUACCGAGAUCACUUCUGGAGAGACUGCGGAGGCAGAAGCAACUACUGGAACAUCUGAAGCAGAGGUCGAAUCAGGAGAAGGAACAAAGAGUAAAGUAGCAUGA